AUGCCAAAGAGACAGCCAGCCACAGACGAAACCCUGAGGAGGGGAAAGAAAAGGAAAAACCAAAGUGAAGUGUCAAAACCGGCGGAGCAUCCAACCCUGCAGAUCGAUUAUGAAAAACUUGCAGCUGAAAUUAUAAAGCAACAGGGCAGUAGCCAAUCUCCCAUCACUAACGCUGAACAAGUGGCUCCUCAGGACGUGCAAGUUUCAGAUAAUGCUCCUUCCACCGAAUCCAGUGUGCAUGAUGCCGGUCCUUCUUCAGAUGCUACAAGCAACAUAUCAGCAUUACUUAAUCAGCUAUUGAGUUCAGGUGAGCCAGCAACCCCAAAAGUGGCAAAUAGCAUAUCCAUCACUGAUGGGAUUCCCCUCGGUGCAACAGUAGCACAACGCAUAAAACAAAAAAUCUGGGAAGAUCAGUAUUUAGAUUUGCCUGUGCUGCUGCAGCAGCGAGAGGAUCCAGUAUCUUUAAAUAUUGCUGCCGGAUCAGUUACAAUACAGCAAAAUGCAACAAAGCCAAAAACGCCUCUGUCAAUUAAUCAGUGGACAGAUGCGUUUUUGAUAUUCACAGCAAUAUAUUUGGAAAAGUCCCCAAGUGAAGCCCUGCAUUUGUUAAAAUAUUGCUUUUUCAUAAGGGAAAUGCACAAAAUGCUAGGAGAAAAGGCUUGGAGAGUCUAUGACGAAAAUUUUAGACAAUUAAAAGAAACAGUUAAUGUCCCCUGGCAAAAACCCAUUGAAGAACUUAGAGUAAAAGCUGCUACAGGCACCUAUGUUAAUAACACUGCCCAACAGCCCUUUCGAAAAAUGGCAAGCAGAUCACAAAUCCGUUUCUGCUAUGCCUUUAACAAUGGGGAUAAAUGCUCAAAUGACCAGUGCCCCUUCUCUCAUACAUGCCAAACAUGCAACGAAAACCACGCAAAAACAAGUUGUAGAGAGGGUAAAAGAAAUCAAUCAUCAAAUUUUAAACCCAGAGCUUCAACAACCACAGGGGGGGCUUCAACUUCCAACAACAGUCAACCCAAACAAAUUAAGUGA